AUGCUCCCACCAAAGCCAAAGAGAGUAAAAAAGGCUCAGCCCAAGCCCAAGGCUACUGACGCCGAGGUUGAGGAUGCUUUGCCUAUCUCCCAGCUGGCAGAAAGCAAAAAAUCAACCUCUGCUUCCACCAAGAGGUCUGCUGGAACCCAACCCUCGGGGUCCACACAAUCAAAGAGGCCAAGGUCAUCGUCUGCGACGACCUCGGCGUCCAAGAAGCCCGACGUUCCAUGGGCCCCUGAUCUAACCCUGGAGGAUAGGCCUAUUAUGGCUAGUGAAAGUGCCGACGAUAUUAACGUUGGUGUCGCCCUCAGCACUGCUCUUCUCCUUCCGAAUGAUUUGGAGCGAAAUGCUAAGCUUAGCGAGUAUGAGAAUUACGCUCUCAUGCUCCAACACUCCGUUCAGCUUGAUCUUCCUGCUGGCUCGCCAUUGCACCAGGCCGACGCUAUUCCUUUACCAUUUCCUCCACCUCCACCUGAAGGCGAAUCAGAGUCUGAGGCUGAUGCCGAGGAUGAAGAUAAGCAGAUAAAUGAAGAAGCCUUGGUGAGAAAACCCAAGGAUGCCGUCGAAGCCAAGUCCCUUCCACCGCCUGAGCAAGUUACGGACUUAACCUUGGAUGAGGAGGGUGAUGAGGUUGAGGAGGCAGCCAAGGAAAUUGUUGUUGAGCAGCUAUCGUCCGAUCUUCUCUUGGUAGAAAGAAGUGUUAAGAACACAUUAGCAGAGAUUGAUGCCGAGAUACAAGCGGAAAAAGUGGCCGAGGAGGUUCUUCCAGAAUCGUCCGAGGUCCCAUUCCCCGUAGCUGCUAGUACUGAAGAGUCUUGA